AUGCGCUUCUCUCUCGCUCACUCUUUGAGCCUUGCAAUUACGAUUUGCGGCGUCGCAGCAGGAGUUCCUAAGUCUCAAAAUGCCGUUUCCAAGAUUCGUAAUAGUCAGAGUCAGACGCAGAAUCAGAGGGAGAUUUAUGUUGGAAAUUCAUCCGGAAGGUACUCUUCACGAGUAUCUAUUGCGUAUACUGGGACCUCUUCUGGACCUUCACGAAGCGUUACAAGCACCAGCUCCUCGGUACUUGCCAGCUCGAGCACGGAGACAGUUGUGAUUGUUACUUCUACGAGUGCUGAGUAUUCUACUUCCACUUCGGGGGUCUAUUCUACGAGUACUGCGAGCAACGAUUACUCUACUUCUACGUCUACGAGCGAGGAUUAUUAUACUAGGACUUCUGUUACUCCUAGUCGUCCUACUGUAUGUAUCUUCACAUCUCCCCAUCUCACAUACAUAUGUCUUGUCCUUUUCCUAACUGCUUGCUUUAGGGCGCAUGCGCAACCCCUAUUACCAACCCAGGAUUCGAGCUCACAUCCCCUCCCGCUCGCUGGCGAAGACAAUACCCAAACCCAGAGACACCUUAUAAUUUCCGAGCCACUACGAAUGAUACGGAUCCCCACUCAGGUGAACAAUGUGCAUCGGUUAUGUACACGAAAGGCGCAAUUGGGUAUGAGACUUGGUUCAAUCAGCAUAUUAGUCUCUGUGAGAAGACGCUCUACAACUUCCAAUCGGUUUGUCUCUCCUUUCCAACUCCUGCGAUCCAUAUCACAGAUAUCCUGUUAACACAAAUUCAGUUCACCAAAGUCUCAAAAGAAGGAACGGGCUGCUCGGUCCGCUACCAGGUUGCUGACCGUAAUGGCACUGUUCUCGCUGGUCUCGUAGGUCACUCCUCUCAGGAUUUGACGACGGAGUGGUUGGAGGGUAAUGCGACGUAUCUUUCAGGAGCGGGAACUAUGGCGACUAAGGCAUCGAUUGAUGUUAGGAUUAAUUGCUAUGGUACUGCGACUGAGGAUCGGGCAUGGUAUUUUGAUGAUAUUUCGUUGGUUGCGGCUUAA